GCCAUGGGAGAGGAGAGUCUAGCCUGUUCAGUUGAAGGUUCAGGGGCAGAGGAGAGUGUGACCCCCGCAGGGGAGGGUGCCGUAGGAGAGGAGAGUGUGACCCCCACAGUGGAGGAUGCAGGGGCAAUAGAGGAGAGUGUUACAACCACAGAAGAAGGUGCAGGGGCAGAGGACAGUGUGACUCCCACAGUGGAGAGCGCAGGGGCAACAGAAGUUAGUGUGAUUACCACAGAGGAGGGUGCAGGGGAGAGUAUGACACCCAUAGGGGAGAGUGCAGGGGCAACAGCGGUGAGUGUGACCACCACAGUGGAGGAUGCAAGAGCAGAGGAGACUGUGACAUCCAUAGUGGAGGGUGCAGAGGCAAUAGAUGAAAGUGUCAUUACUCCAGCAGAGGGUUCCAGACCAGAGGAGAGUGUGGCCCCCACAGUGGAAGGUGCUGGGGUAACAGAGGAGAGUGUGUCCCCUGCAGUGGAGGGUGCAGGGGCAGCAGAAGAGAGUGUGAGCCCUGCUGAGAAAGGUGCAGUGGAAAACGAGAAUACCACAGUAGAAGAAGUGUUUUCCCCCACAGUGGAGGAAGGUGCAUCAGAGAAGGGACAGGCUGUAACCCCCAUAGUGGAGGAGGCUGUAACCCCCGCAGAAGGGGAAUCUGUGAUUCCCAUAAUAGAGGAAGCAGUGGCUCCCACAGUAGUGAAAGCUGGGACCCCCAUAGUAGAGGAAGCUGUGACCCCAACAGUAGAGGAGGCUGUAACCCCCACAGAAGGGGAAUCUGUGAUCCCCACAGUAGAGGAAGCAGUGACCCCAACAUUAGAGGAGGAUGCAGGGCCAAAGGAGGAGGUUGUGACCCCCACAAAGGAUGAGGGGCUGAACCCCAGGGCAGAACAGGGUGAAGCGGGCACAUCUGUGGCUAUAGAGGGAGGUACAGCUGAGAUUCAGGACAUUGUAAGUCUGGCUCAGGUAGAGUUAGAAAUUAUGGAGGAACCUGCCGAAUCUGACCAUGGUGACACUGGUGCUGGGAAUGUCAGUGCUGAGGACAGUGGUGCAGUACAAAAAGCCAAAGAAGAAGAGGAAGAAAGCAGUGAGAGCAGUGAAGGGACAUCCAGUAGUGACGAAGAACAAGAAGAAGAGAAGGAACAGAAGGUUGAAGAUGCAGAGGGAGGAAAUAAAGAUGAGGAGCAGCAGGAGGCUGAGGAAGAACCUACAGAACGGGUAGAAACUGAUACAAAUACAGAAGAGACAGGAACUGUUACAGGAGAUCAGGAAGUUAUGGAAAGUGUGACUAAUGAGGAAGAAUCCCAAGUGGCCAGCGAAGAGGAAAAAACAGAUCUGGUCCUCCAGGCAGGAGAUGCAGAGGAACCAGGAACCAUGGGAGAUGUCCCACUUGAUGGACCUGAUAAUACAUUGGACACCACAGUACCAGCAGAGAGCCCCCCAGAACAGGACAACAUUGUCAUAACAGAAGAGGCUGAAGUGGCACAAGGACUGGAAGAAGCUCCUUUAGGGGAGGCUCCUGGAACCGAGGAAACCCCAACACCGGUUCUUCCAGAAAAGGAGGCCCAGCCAGACGGUCCUGAUCCCGGACAAGACACAGCCGUGGGCGAUGUGAUUAGGGAAAAUGGAACUAGUCCUUCGAGUGGCCCAGAAACUCCCCUGGAGAGCAACGACCUACCCCAGGAACACGACAUAUCCCUGUUUGUCAAGGCCGGUAGUGACGGUGAAAGUAUUGGCAACUGUCCGUUUUCUCAGCGCCUAUUUAUGAUCCUGUGGCUGAAGGGUAUCAUUUUUAAUGUCACCACAGUGGAUCUGAAGAGGAAGCCAGCAGACUUACAGAACCUGGCUCCGGGAACCAACCCUCCUUUUAUUACAUUUGAUGGGGAGGUGAAAACUGAUGUGAACAAAAUUGAGGAGUUUCUGGAGGAGAAGCUGACAGCGCCAAGGUAUCCCAAACUUGCCCCAGUACACCCAGAAUCCAAUUCAGCAGGAAAUGACGUGUUUGCAAAGUUCUCAGCCUACAUCAAAAACCCUAAGAAAGACUUAAAUGAAACGCUAGAAAAAAACUUACUGAGGUCCUUAAAGAAACUGAAUGACUUUUUGGAUUCCCCUUUGGCUGAUGAAAUUGAUGCCUACAGCACAGAGGAAGUCCUGGUCUCCAACAGGAAGUUUCUGGAUGGGGAUGAGCUGACGCUAGCAGACUGCAACCUUCUACCAAAACUGCACAUCAUAAAGGUGGUAGCCAAGAAAUUCCGGAAUUUCGAAAUGCCGCCAGAAAUGACUGGAAUCUGGAGAUAUCUGAAUAAUGCUUAUGCCAGAGAUGAGUUCAGCAACACAUGCCCGGCAGAUUACGAGAUUGAAUAUGCAUAUUAUGGUGUGGCCAAAAGAAUGGGGUCAUAAACCAACCUAGUUGGGUUCACUAGAUCUUUUUCUUUCAGGGGGUUGGAUGAGAAGGGGUUGCUUACCUCAGGUAUAAAACAAAGAAGAAACAGGAGCCAUAUAAAGUCAAGCUUCAUCCAAGCUUCUUGGGUGGCGUGUGAUGAGGGGACUUUUAUUGUGUCACGUUAUACCUCUCUGCAGACUAUUCUUCCGAUGAUCCACCACUGUGAAGAUCAUCCAACACUCUCCUCCUCCCACAUUUACCAAUUUCCAGACACACUGCAGCAAGAGAUGCCAAGGUGAAGAGAAUGACGUAGGAACUUGGCAGAAGAUCUUCAUAAUGGUGGCAUCGUUAGUAUAUAACGCCAUACUCGAGAUCCUCUAAUCAUCCCCCAUCUACAGCUUAAUAUUCUGAUAUGUGCGGAAUUCCCUUUUAAGUAACCAUUUCUAUGAGCGUCUUCUGUUGGCUUGUUGCAGCUUUUCACAGCCUGUAGGGCUGACCAUAUUAUAGUUUUAAUCUAUAUAAUUCUGAACGCCAAAGUUAAAUUUUAUGCCCCGUCCAUACGACCGGA